AUGCCUUUAAAACUCAGGCCUCCCCCAAAGGAAAGACAGCCAUUAAUACAAAAAUCUAAGAAAUCUUCAGAAACCAAGGUUAAAACUGAUGAAAAUGAAAAUGUUGUCCAUCUAACGGAAGAUAAUUCAGUUACGUGUACAGUUCCUUUACAAUUUGAGCAUGAUUAUUGUGCAAAAUGUGUUUGUAAUGCAAACUGUGAGUGUUUAGGGUGUUUAGAGAAAUCUAAAAUGAUAAAUAAUCUUAGUUAUCAGUUGGAAAGAUUGCAAAUGGUCACGACAAAUGAAAGUAAACUCCAUGGAAAGAAGAAUGUGCACAAAAGGUUUAUAAAAACAGAUAAAAAAGUAAGAGCCAACACUGGCCUUCCGAAUAAAUCAACUCUUCUGAACUUAUACAAAUAUUUAAAACCAAAAUCCCAUCGCCUGAGAUAUUGGGAGGGCUCUAAAAAAGUGAUCAGUACCAAAGUGCCUCGUCAUUUCAAGAAAUCCCCAAAAAAGAGUGGUCCAGAGAAAAAACUUGGUGCACUUGAUGAGCUUGUUUUAACAUUAAUGAAACUUAGACUAGAUAUUAACUUUGAAUUUUUAGCCGAUUUAUUUGGAGUCUCUCAGGGUACAUGUUCAAAGAUUUUUAACACUUGGAUAAAAUUUCUGUCCAAAGAGUUAAGGCCUCUGAUCUUCUGGCCAGACAAAGAAAUUGUCAGAAAAUUACUACCACCAUCAUUAAUAAAACAGUACGCCAAACUUAGAUGCACAAUAGACUGCACUGAAGUUUUCAUUGAGAAGCCGACAUUUGGAACUACAAGCUCUCACGUGGUCCGAUUAUAA